CUUCGAUGGAGAGCGCGAUCGCAGUGCCCGUGCCCUUGGCCACCCUUGUCCGUUCAUCUUUCGCUGAAUCGCCCGACAACACGCAGCAUGACGCAUCGUACGUUGUCGACGUGGACGUCAAGGAAACCAAAUGGCUACUCGCCUCCUGGACAUCGCGUCAAAUCGUGCUCACGGCCAAAGCACUUGAAGUGUUUGACGGCGACAAACUCCAGUGGGCGUGCAAUACGACUGCCUGCACAACGCGUAUCCUCGAUGCGCUCGAUACCACGCGGCGCUUCCCAUUCGAGCUCUGUGAACACGGCAAGACACGCGCCGUCAUCAAUGUGCCCACAGCGUCGGCGCGAGACGAGCUCCUCGAAUGCUUGUACGCAGCCUCGAGCGGCGUUGCAUGGCCAUCGCGCGUCGACGACUGGACACGCUUUCUCUCGGUGGCGCGCCGCAUCAAAGAAUCCCGUCCCAAGGGACCGGCGGUGCCCAAGUGCAAUGUGAGCAUCGAUCUCGUCCAGCGCCAUCUUGAAGGCAUCAUUGACGUCUACACCGUCACAGGCAGCUUCACCGACAUUGUCGACGUCUACAGCUAUUUUUUGGAACAAGAACGGCUUUACGUGGCCGGCGGCGCCACCAACUUUGCACACACUGUGCAUCGACUGCACCCCGUCGACUUGUAUGCUAGCAAGAAUGAGCCGUCGCUCACGCCGCUCGCCGAUGUCGUCAGCACCUGCGCCCACUGCAACGCGUCGCUGCCGCCAGCCAUCUCGUUUCAAAUGCACAUUUUGCUGCAGCCCGUCAUGUGCCCCGCGUGCGACGGCCCGCUUUUGUACGAGACGUACAAGGUAUUGGCGUUUCUGGCCGCAUACCCCGGUGUCCUGGCGCGCUUUCCCGGUGUCACGGCGACGCGAUAUGGCGCGAGGCUCCACACGCCCCCCGGGGUGCCCCGUGACGGUCACUUCGCAACGUUCUUUGCUGCCUUGCUCGACAUGGUCUUGAGUUGCGAACACUCGGUUGAGCUUGGUGCGCCUAGCUUGCGCACGAGUCUUUGCAAGCUCGCCAAUACAAUCGAUCAACAAGCGGUCGGCGCCUACUCGAUCGACCUUGUCCAAGCCAUGUUCCGGCAACUCGACUAUAUCAACAAGAUGGUACCCCACACCGAGUACUGGAAGCAUCCCGAGGUGGUGGCCGCGGCCAUCGUGCGCUACGAGCAGUUUAUGUACCUCCUCGGCAAGCGCUCGCGCAACGAACGCGAUCUCAAAACGGCGUUGACCAAGCUGUAUAAAGCGCUCGACAGCGAUCCGAAAGGCUCAGCGUGCGCCAAGCUGCUCGAGUCGUCGUCGUCGCCACCUUCGGCCACGCUGCGUUCGCUCUUUUCCGAGCUGCUUCAGGACCAGACCCUUCGCUCUAUGAUCCCGGCGCUUGUGUACCGCUUUACGCGCUGCAGCAAAGACGAUGUCACGGCGAUCACCAACUUUGCGAUUCAAAUCGAUAUCGAUGACAACACGCCGAGUCCAUCUGACAGUUACCGGUCCACCAUGCUGUACAAGCUCAUCGUGAGCUCUGAGCUCUGGCGGACGCCCACGGAAUCCUACGACACGCUCAAGAAGACGUUCAUGAACACACUCAUCGGCAGCAACGUGGCGAGCUUGGUGACCACCUACUGCAUUGCCAGCGGCGGCAGUGACCCCAAUUGUGCUCAAGAACGCGCGCCGAGCAACAGCUACAAGUGGCAGUACUUGCGCGAUACCUACUACGACGUGCCGAUCACGAUUCCCAAGGGUACCAGCGUCCUGCUGAUGAGUGGGCUCCUGGAUCCGCAGACCGCUGCGAGAGGCGCUCGCAACCAGUACGACAGCUUUAUCGGGUCGGCCAAACGCCUGGUCGAGUUCAACUACUCGGCCCACGGCACCAUCGUCAACACGCCCGUAACGACAAAGGGCGGAGCUCCGUGCGCAGCCCAACUCGUCGCGUCGUUUGUGACGGUUGACGGUGACGUGACGGCGCUCGAUACGAGCUGCCUCGCGACCGUUGCCCCCAUGAGCUUUGCGAUCAAGCCAUCCCUGGCCAAGUCCUAUUUGGCGACAGACGAUAUCUACGACGGUGUGCCCACCGAAAAGUUUACAGCGGCGUCAACUCAGGCGCCGGGGACGUCUGCGGGAGACGGCCCGGCGACGACCAGCGACACGGUUGCCUCGGGCUACAAGACCGCAGUGAUCAUUGGCUAUGUGCUUGUGGCGGGUCUCGUCGUCGUCCUGCUCGUGCUCGUGCUUCGGCAGCGAAAGAAGCAGCAACAAGCGCACAGCACGCUCUAUGUCGAGCCAACGCCAGCUUAAGUUCGACCCAGUGUCGAUAUUUGGCUACUCCCACCUUACCACACUUUAUAGCUAUUGCAUCGACCGUGGAAUGAUAUCGAAUCAACCCUGUAUGCGCUGUCGAGCAUAGUUAAAAGUAAGAGGCAUGGACGAC